AUUGUGCUGCUGUUGGCCUGUUGCGUUUAAUCUUUCACGAGUAGCAGUGCAGGUUCAUUGAUGCCGAUGGUGUCGCUCGACAAAUUAACACUCCUCCCCUUUCAGACGUCAACUCACGGCCGCAGCCCAACUCUAACUGGCGGAACUGCUAAGACGCGUGCAACCAGCAUGCUGCAUGCUGCUAAACAGUCACCGUUCGUUUUCGUGCGUGAAUUCUAACCAUUUUUCUUUUUGUUGCACAGUUGUUGCGUCAUGCACCCUUCCAGAAAACUCUUGGGCCGGAUGUUCCGAUUGACGCAAUUCUUGCCAGUUCUAUACUGGCGGCCAUUUUUGAUCAGUUGGAGACUUGCUGACACUCUUUGACUUUUCACCAACAGUGUUAGACGGUUAAGAAAUGAAUCAACUAACCUAACCCAACGUAUGCAAGGACAUUAAAUUCGUUCGCCGAUGGCAAACGUCUACAACAUUCCCGAUUUGGCGAUUGGAUUCAUGGAGAUAAGAUUGCUGCUGGUCAUGUGACGUUUUAUUUCUGUUCUGCGUUACCUUUGCUCUACUGCCGAUUACAGACUCCUUUAUACCACUGCUAAAAGGUAACUUUUUAGGUAAAUGAUGUCCCUCCAAUUUUGGAGGCCCACAUUAAACAACACAUUGGGACAUGUCGCCCUCAAAACGGACCGAUAUUACGUCAGCUUUAGGCCGACAAAGGGAUUGCCGGGUGUCAAUCAAAUUAAAAAUGGUAUUCCUGUCUCGCAAAUCACCGAAGGUAAUAUGAAAGGAUGUCUCGUUUUACAUCAAAGUAUCGAUCGUAAUUGCGAAAGAGGCUGCGACCCCAUUGAAUAUGAAAUUGUGAUCGAGGAAGCCAGCAACGAAGAUGUCAAUUCCGUCGUUGAAGAAUUUCUGCGUUACAACGGGAUCAAUCCGGAAGAUGUGACAAUCGAAAGAGUUGAGGAACUCUGCAAGAAGAGACGAGAGUACAAGUUAUUGCCACCGGAAGAAGCUAGGAACGUUAAAGAACCAGAAAAACCAAUCAAAUUGCUGCCUAAAACCGAAUACUCGUACAAUUCGGUUGAGUUGAUGAGCGGCAACAUGACGGAGGAUGCAAAUGAGCCUUUCUACCACCGACAGCAAAGUUGCGUCUCUCUUCUAUUCAACGUCAUCCAAACGGUUUGGCUGAGACGCCACCAACCCAGUCCCAUGUCGUCGAAUCCUGUUCAAUUGAUUACAGAUUUGCCAUUUCAAAUGUUUUACAAAGUGCCGUGGUUGGAAAAAGUGGUCAAAAAACAUUUGACGUCCGGGAUCGUUACCAGCAGCAGUACGACAAUGGAAUGGGUUGAUACAGUGAAGACGGAAAUGCCGACUGUUUACAUUUGGUCUCCCGACGAAAAUAGCCGAUACGGUCACGCCGCUCUGCAGACGGACAAGUAUCACAUCAGCUUCUGGUCGGAAGAAGCUGUCGCUGACUGUGGCAAAAUGAGGACAGUCACGGAGGGAAUACCUGGAUCUCUCGUCUUCCAUCAAAAACGGGACAUGGAACUCGAAGAGAAUCGACUACCCACUGCGACCUACCAAAUCGGCAGCGUCACCAAUGAAGCCAUCAAUCGAAUCCACGAAGAGUUUCUUUUAUACAACAAAAUCCAUCCGGCGGAUGUGACUAUGGAAGCGGCCGAAAAACUCCUUGAAGAUAAGAAAACACCAGAAGUGCCUGUUGGUAAAACCCCUUAUACCUUUGUGGUCGAUAUCCGGGGUCAACUUUCCGUGUGCGAUGUGUUGCUAGCAGUAAUACACUGGUACACCAGUACACGUACUGGUGGUAGCUUACUCCCAGCUAACCUCGUAAUCACUGGAAAACCGCCGUGGUAUCAUUCGAAACAAAGUUGUCUGUCGCUUUGUUACCACAUGAUCCAAAAUGCUGAUCCCCAAUCGCAAGGAAUUGCGAGACUUUAUCAUUUCGUGACCCUCCAAGCGUUGGACAAUUUCACCGUGCCCUGGUUUGAAAGCCACGUCAAAAAGUAUUGGAUAAGAAACAGCUUGUUGCAUACAUUCAACAUCGGAGACAAUUCAGUCACGAGAUUCACACAUUAUUGGCUGCAUUGGCUGCUGGAUAAAUGGACGAAAUGGACCAGCAGCAGCUCACAUCAAACUGAAGAGAUUGAAAGAUUCCGCAAGUUUUUGUUGUCGAGGGGUCUCAAAGUUUUCCGAAAGAUGAGACAAAACAAGUUGCUUUCGUUCCUUUGUCUGAGCGGACUUGUCGCCUUUUUUCAUUUUAUAGAUGAGCACUAUUACCCUAUAGGAACCAGUCUGAUUUUUAACAUAUUUCUAAUAUUCCUCCCGUUCUUCUUUCUCUAUUUCCCUGCCAAUUAAGUUAAAUUUAGGAAAGGAAAAAUGGCCACAGAAAUAGUAGACAGUUUCUUGAAUGCUUAGAAUUUAUUCUUAAACUUGCGGAGUCAGUUCAUUUACAAGUGUUGCAUUGCAUUGUGGUUGUGCAUUUUGUGCUGUGUGUUGUAUUCAAUCGAUGGACGGAACUUCAGCCAAUAUCACUGACCCCUUCUACUCACAGAGGCACAAAUAAGAGCAGCCAAAGCUCUCGGAAUUUCUCCCCUUUUGCGAAUUCUUUACCUGGACUGAAUUUAGCUCGGGAUUUAUUCUGACGACGGACUGGAUCUUUCCGUUUUGAUGUGAAAGGGUGUCACCAUGGUCAGAU